AUGAUGGGAUUUGUAGUUUCUUUUUUCCAAAUUGAGAGCUGUUUCAGCUUCAGGCAGCUCACUGACCACCCUAAAGCGGUCAGUCUAAAGUCCUUCGAGAGCCAAAGAGAAGAACAUUGCGAACACCACACCAUUUCCCUGUGAGAGUGUGAGAUCUUGAAAAAGACACGCAGGGGAAAGGAAGAGUCAGAGGAAAACGAAGGAUAAAUCAAUCCUGGAAUACAGUACAUAGGAAUGGAAGCCACCUCAUCUCUGAUAAAGUCCGUGUCGAGGCGUGUGUGGUCGGUCCCCCAAAAGCCCUUCAGGGUGUGCUCCCAAGACAGGGGUUCAAGGAAGGGCGUGACGGCUGGUACCCUGCAGGAGCUCAGAGAGAGGGCCGCUCAGGCCCUCUUCCUCUCGGCCGUGUCCCUGUGUCUUGUGUGCGAGGAGGACGGCACCGAGAUCGACUCCGACGACUUCCUGCUCGCCCUGCCAGACAACACGGUGCUGAUUGCCCUCGAACCAGGACAGACGUGGAGCCCACAAGCAGGCUCAAAGAAGGGCGCUCUUCUGUACUCCAUGGGAAACAAGAAGCCCCGAACCGGACGCGACAUAGCGAGCGUGACCUUUGACCUCUACCGUCUCAACCCGCGUGAUGUUUUCGGUUCUCUGAGCGUCAAGGCCACCUUCCAGGGCCUCUACUCGAUCAGUGCAGACUUCAAGUGCCUCGGACCAAAGAAGGUGCUCAGGGAGGCUCUCCGCGUUGCCUCUACGCUGCUUCAAGCCAUAGGACACAUGCUGAUCACUUCCGCCACGGUGAUCCGCCGUAUCAUCGAGGGAGCCGACGGCUGGCAUCCCCCCCACGGCCGGAGCGACUCCAGCAUUAGCGAAUGCUGGGACUGAGGCCAGGUGUGUCGGUGGGCUGGACAGUGACUCACAUUACUAAUUCAGGCCAAAGGAAAGUAGCCCCAUCCCUGCCACUUACAUUGUUUGUGAUGGUAUUUAACGUCACGUUAAAACUGGAUCAUGGGAGGCAAAUUGAACAGCGUGGCAAAGAAUUUUCGCUGUGAGCAAAGUGCUGCUGUUCAAAAUCUCAGGAUAAGUUCUGCUUCUAUACAUUUGGGUAAUGUUGGCGCAUGAAAUGUAUCUUUAAAAUAAAAAAAAAAAGAUUUAUUUAAAUAAACACGUAACACUGAUCUCUUCUAGGGCAUAAAAACGGGGAAAAAUGUAUGAAAAUGUGAUGCACACAAUGAUUUUCUCAUUAAAUUGUGCUCACAGCUCUUCUGCGUAGGCUAAUUCUACAUAUAUAAACUGUUGAAACAUGUUGACGUGUUUUCUGCUGCCCAAUAAAAAUAUGUAUCAGUGUUCAACAUAA